AUGAUGGCGCGCAUUCUCAUCACAGGCUCUUCCGACGGUCUCGGAUCGGCCGUCGCCCAGCGUCUCGUUGCAAAUGGACACUCCGUUGUCCUCCACGCGCGCAACGCCCAACGCGCAAAAGACGCCACAACAGCAUGCCCAGGAGCCGACACAGUUAUAACAGGCGACCUAUCCAGCCUAUCCGAAACCAAAAACAUGGCCAACGAAGUCAACAAGCUGGGAGCCUUCGACUGCGUAAUCCACAACGCCGGCCUAUACCAAGGCCCAUUCCGCAAGACGCACGAAGGGAUUCCCGCCUUAGCAGCCGUCAACACCGUCGCGCCAUAUGUACUCACCGCACUAAUCACGCGUCCCAAGCGCCUGAUAUUCCUCUCUUCGGAGAUGCAUCAAUCGGGUUCACCUAGUUUAGACGAUGUUCUCUGGCAGAAGCGUGGCGAAAGCGGAUACAGCGCGAAUGCGGCUUACUGCGCGAGCAAGCUGCACAAUGUCUUGCUUGCCAAGGCUUUCGCUCGCAGAUGGCCGGAUGUGAAGAGCAAUGCGUUGGAUCCGGGUUGGGUGGCUACCAAGAUGGGUGGCAGUUCGGCGCCGGGGAGCGUGGAUGCGGCGGUCGAGAGCUAUGUUAUGCUUGCUGAGGGGGAGGAGGAGAAGGCGAAGAAGAGUGGGUGUUAUUUCCAUCCGAGUAAACGGGAGGGUACGCCGCAUAAGGCGACGGAAGAUGAGAAGGCUCAGGACAAGCUGCUGGAGAUUUGCGCUGAGUUCUCUGGUGUGAAGCUCUCAUAA